AACGUGGGUUAUUUUUCGGUAUGCCCACACCUCUGCCAGUCCGUAAAGAUCGAUACCGCAGCCAUUCCCGGGAUACCCGCAAGAGACUGAGCGAGCAGGUAGAGAAGGAAGGGCACACACCGGACCACGGGCCUGCCACCACACAACCAUGAAGGCGUACGGCAAGGGGCGCCUUCCGCCCAGGAAUACCACCAUCAGCGACAGAGCUCCCGGUGAUGGGAGCGGCCGAUCGGCUGUAAAGGCCGUUCGGUUGCCGGAGUCGAACUGGAAAUACCUCCUGGUCUUGACGGGGUUUGUCUUUGUGAACCUGGUGUGGGUUACGCAGUUCGUGGAACUGGACAGCAACCAUGCAGCGAUGAACGGUGCCGUGAACAUGGCUAUGAAUCUGUAUCACACUGGCGGUACGGGCAGUGGCAAGACGAAUGGUCCGACCGACGAAGGCUCCGAUUCCAACUAUGGGAAGGACAACAACAACAACAAUCGGAGGGACACGGAAGCAUCCUCAAACUUGCCCAAGACCACCGUUACAAAAACCGAGUCGACAAACGCAAAAGAAGAAGUAACCACAACGGUCGAUGACAAGAAAGACAAGGAAAAUAAAGACAAGAAGGAGAACAACAUAGCGGAUGCUCCCGAGAUAAGGUAUAUCGCUCGGGCGGGACGAAGAAGACGGCGCCGCAACCACCAAAAGAAGAAGGAAGACUCGAACCGAACGCUGACACCGGAAGAAAAACUCAAGUACACAUACGUGGAGACGGCCAUUGCGCCUAACGUUUCCAACGCCGUGUACUACCGCGACAUUCCCCCCGAGUUUCUCGUUCGCGAUCCGGACCGCUUCCUCUGGGAUCGGACCUACACGACGGCGGGCACAAACGGAAGCAACGGCACGGUGGUGGAGGUUCCUGAGUGGAUGAAGGACUACUUUCGCUGGCACCGGUAUAAGCGAUCGACGUGGAAUCUCACCGACUGGCAAAGCGAGCGCUGGCUGAUCAGCCAGUGCCUGAAGGACCAGGACCCGAAGAAAUGCGGCGGGACGGCCGACCGUCUCAAGCCCCUGCCCACGCUCCUCCGCAGGGCCUGGGAGACCAAGCGCAUCUACCUGAUCCGGUGGACCCGGCCGGCGAUGCUGGAGGAGUUCCUGGUUCCCCCCGAGGGCGGCUUUGACUGGAGGGUUCCGGGGGAGCUCACCGCGGUCCUGGGCGAGGGCAAGCGCCUCUCCACCCGGCAGAUGAUCGAGAAAUACACCUCCGGCGGGAUGUCCUUGGUGCGGGCGCGGUACCAGACGGACGAGCCGCACCGGAUCUACGACAGGUACGUCUUUGGGCCGAACCGCACCGGAGACGGCGAUGAUGACGGCGACGUCCGUGGCCAGGACCAGCCCGGCUUUGAGCGCAUCUUUGCUGUCGCCUGGAAGAUCGCAUUUACACCCUCCCUUCCCGUCCAGGACCUGCUCCGGGCCAAGCUGGCCGAGCUGGGCCUGGUGCCCAACCAGUACGCUGCUUCCCACCUGCGGGCCCUCUACGGCGAGACUUCCCGGCCGUCUCCCAUCAUCCAGAAGUUCACCCAAAACGCCCUGGCGUGCGCCACCGAGCUCACAGCGGCAAAUCUGGGCGGGGUCGACGCUUCGAGGACGAUGCCCAUCUUUUUUGCCUCGGACAGCAAGAUCGCAAUCCGGCACGCGCUCUCCCUGUCCAGCGGCGGCGAGGACCCGCUCGAGGGGCUCCCGAGGGUGGUGGCGUCGUCCAACCCGAGCGCCGUCCACGGCGAAAGCGACGGAAGCACGGGCACGGGGGACUCGCUGGUCCACCUGGAUUCCCUGGUGGCGCCCGUGGAGGCCUUCUAUGACACCUUUGUCGACCUGUACCUCAUGGCCAUGGCCCGUUGCGUAACCUAUGGCCGGGGCGGGUACGGCCACUGGGCCCUGCUGAUCGGCGGCCACCUCGACUGCGCCAAGCGGCAGCACAUCAUCGGUCGGAGGAUCAAGAACGAGGCCACCGACCUCUGCCACGUUCCGGAAGGAGCCGCUGCGAGCGGCGGGUUGCCGCCGCUCCCCGCCGGCGGUGAAGCACCACGGGAAGGCCGCGCAAUGCCGGUGGGGUUUGGAAACGACGGCACCGACGGGCCCCUCUUUCUUCCUCCAGCGCCAUGAAUCGGGAGCCCUGGGCCAAAGGGGGUGUGCCGCCCGUUGAACAAACAAUGGAACUGCUUCGGCAGGAUUGCACGCAAAUCGCGUCGUUUUCUAGUUGGGGGAAUGCAAUUGAAGUUCGGAUAGCGCCAUUGUCUGGCGGAGUCUCGCGAAGUUGUUUUGCCUGCCAAGUUGUGGCUAUUCUGUGUGACUUCCAGUGAAUGUAUUGGAUGUGCACGACGAAGUCUAGGAAAGCAUUCACUGGUUACAGCGACGAAGAUCCUUUCGCAGAAAACACCAAAAACAAGUUCAGUAUCUCAGGAUCGUUUCACUUGAACGGAAACAACAUGUAGAUUUGUAUUAUGAUAAUAUUAUACUGU